AUGACGAUGGAUAUGCCUGCUGCUUCUACCUCGAUGGCCAUGGACCAUGGCGGCAUGAUGGGUGGAUGCAAGAUCUCUAUGCUUUGGAACUGGAACACCGUCGACUCCUGCUUCAUCGCCGAAUCAUGGCGCGUUACUUCCAAGGGAAUGUUCGCUGGCUCCUGCAUUGGCGUCAUCCUCCUCGUCAUGUCCCUCGAACUUCUCCGCCGCUCGGUCAAAGAAUGGGAUCGCUACCUCCUCCGCCAGCACGCCGCCAAGUUUGCAGAGUCGACCGCUGCUGGCCGGCCUGGCUCCUUCAAUGGUAAAGAAGGCAACACCGCCGUUGUCAGUUGCGACAAUCCCGUACCCCCUUUCCGACCCAAUGUUUGGCAGCAGGCUAUCCGGGCUCUCUUGCACAUGAUGCAGUUUGCUGUGGCUUACUUUGUCAUGCUGUUGGCCAUGUACUACAACGGCUACUUCAUCAUUUGCAUCUUUAUAGGUGCUUAUCUGGGAGCUUUUAUCUUCCAAUGGGAGACAUUGAGUCCUUCCGGCGGUACAAGUGCUUCCAAGGAGGCUACAGUUUGCUGUGGUUGA